GACUGAGAGGCCUGGAUGGAACUCGCUGGGAGCCCGGACCAGAGCAACGUGCGGAGGCCGCCGGGGCGGAGGGGAGUCAGGGCCGCGCGGAGAUGCGGGGGACGCGCUGAGGCGUCACGCGCCCAGCUUCGGCCGGAGCGCGGCUGCGCGCAUGCUCGGCCCUCCGCGGCGGCGGGCUGGGCCGGCGCCGGAAGCACCGGGAGCCGCCCUAUGGCGCAGGUCUGGAGCGCAGAGCCGAAGACGCGGGUCCGAGGGGGCGCGGCCCGGGGGCUCGCGCCGCGGCGCUGGCUCCUGCUGCUGUGCUGGCUGACGGCAGCUCUGGGCUGGCCGCGGGCCUCGGGCGGCCUCUCCCGGCGCCGCUGGCCGGUGCCCUACAAACGCUUUUCCUUCCGUCCAGAGGCAGAUCCUUAUUGUCAAGCCAAGUACACUUUCUGUCCAACUGGCUCGACCAUCCCAGUUAUGAAGGAGGAUGAUGUCAUUGAAGUCUUUCGACUGCAAGCUCCAGUGUGGGAAUUUAAAUACGGAGACCUCCUGGGACACUUGAAAAUUAUGCACGACGCCAUUGGAUUCAGGAGUACGCUGACUGGCAAGAACUACACGAUGGAGUGGUACGAACUUUUCCAGCUCGGCAACUGCACGUUUCCCCACCUGCGACCUGAAACCAGUGCCCCUUUCUGGUGUAAUCAAGGGGCUGCCUGCUUUUUCGAAGGAAUCGACGAUCUCCACUGGAAGGAAAAUGGGACGUUAGUUCUAGUGGCGGCCAUAUCGGGAGACACAUUUAACAAAAUGGCAAAGUGGGUGAAGGAGGACAAUGAAACGGGGAUUUAUUAUGAGACAUGGACCGUCCGAGCCAGCCCAGAAAAGGGGGCAGAGACAUGGUUUGACUCCUACGACUGUUCCAAAUUUGUGUUAAGGACAUACAAGAAGUUGGCUGAACUUGGAGCAGAAUUCAAGAGAAUAGAAACGAACUACACGAGAAUAUUUCUUUACAGUACAGAACCCACUUAUUUGGGAAAUGAAACCUCUAUCUUUGGGCCAACAGGAAACAUGACUCUUGCUUUAGCCAUAAAAAAAUUUUAUUAUCCCUUCCAACCACAUUUAUCAACCAAAGAAUUUCUGUGGAGUCUCCUGAAAAUUUUUGACUCAGUGAUUCUGCACAGACAGUUCUAUUUGUUUUAUAAUUUUGAAUACUGGUUUUUACCCAUGAAGUUUCCUUUUAUUAAAAUAACAUAUGAAGAAAUCCCUUUACCUGACAGAAACAGAACACUGCCUGCUUUAUGAAACCCAAAUUCUGGGGCCACUGCCUGCAGUGCCAGCAUCCCACACAGGUGCCGGUUUGAGUCCUGGCUGCUCUACUUCUGAUCCAGCUCCCUGCCAAUGCACCUGGGAAAACAGGGGAAGGUGGCCCAAGGCCUUGGGCCUCUGCACCCACAUGGGAGACCCAGAAGCAGCUGCUGGUUCCUGACUUCAGAACAGCCUAACUCCAGCCAUUGCAGCCAUUUGGGGAGUGAACCAGUGGAUGAAAGAUCUCAUUGUCUCUUUAUAACUGCCUUUCAAAUAAAUAUAUCUUUUCUUUAAAAAAAUAUCCUGAAUUCUACUGGUUUCUCUCCCACAGCCAGCAUCUCCGUUUUUCAGGGGGAGUGUGUACAUUUGAUGAUUCCUUAGCCUUUCCUUCUUGGGGCAGAACAGUAAAAAGUGCACAGCAGCAAAUUGCUACACGUUAACUGCUCAAGACCUUUCUCUUGGAAAGAACGGAAACAGUCACCAUCCUGCAGAAGUGAGCCUGCUGGGUGAUCUAGAUUUCAACUUCCAAGGCUUGGUUAAUAUGGAGAAUUAGGGCUCAUAUCGGAUAUGUAGAAUCUUUGGAUCCAGUAUUUUGAAGUUGUGGAUAUUGGUGUGCCAAGAUUGUUUAAAUGCCCCAGUGACAUUUUCAUGGUGGGAGCUACUUUUUUUUUUUGUGGAAUGAUAGUGGCAGUUUUUCACAUAAAAGUGCUUUCACUUAAACUUUAAAAAACAAAGAGGGGGGGCUCUCCCAACUUGACUGCUUUUACACAUCUGAUAGUUUGAUUGCAUUCCAUCCACUUAGACUUGUGUGGACAUCAGAGCUGGGGGGUGGGGGUGUGGUUCUAGAUGUGGUAAAUAGUGUUAAAGAGCAGAAACUUCUGGGUAGGAUUUUGAAACUAGCUAGUUAACCAGCUUUUAUGAUUUACACAGCUUAUCUCUAAGCCUGUUUUGUUUCUAAAAUGAUUCGCUUGUCAGGGCGGCUGUAAAGAUUGAAGUCAUGAUUGUUUGGCAUCAUAUGGUCGUAAUCAGUGGUAGCAAUGAUUAAUCAAAAAAACCAAACUGUCAUUCUUGAUCUUGUCUAAUACAGUCCACAUGCCAGCCUUUCCGGGGUUUUGUAAUCACCUUGACUUUGAGAUGAUAGCGUAGCACUUGGGCAGUUCCACAGAUAUCCAGGACAUGGAACUAUCUGGCUGCAGACUUGUCUGGGUAAACAGGUAGCUUCUGACUCUCCACUGCUUCCCUAGUUCUCCCACCUCCCACAGAAGCUGCCAGCACAGUGAGAGAGGCACUUCCCAGAGGAGUUUCACAGUGAGAGAGGCACUUCCCAGAGGAGUUUUUGAUAAGGAAUUCCAAGUAGCUGUGCCUGCAUUAGGGCCAUCAAAUGAGCUUUCAAGGUCCUUUAAGUGAUGAUCAAUUGAACAAGUUUUUUUUUUUUUUCUACUGAUGAAAAAAACACCAGUCAGUAAGAUGAUUUAAGAGAUUAGAGAAGACAACCUAUUUAAUAUGUAAAUGUACCAGUUAUAUUGUUCAGUUUCAGCUAUUUGAGUGCUUCCUAAGAGGUUAGUACAUUAUACCUGAGUUCUCGCGAAAUGCCUCAUCAUCCGUGUUUACCUGAUCUAAAUGAGUUGCAGCUCAGAAAGGUUAAGUGCCUGUUUCGUGGUUCCCCAUUUGGAGGUAAUGUAGUUGAAUUUUGACCCAGGGUCUGCUGACUGAAUCAGAUGCACUGUACAAGUGGUUGUCCACCAAAUGAUACUGGGCUGUGAGGAGACACAUGUGGGUCUUUAAGUAAUUUUAAAGUAAUUUGUUGGAGUCUCUUUUUUUCUAUUGAAUCUAAUAAAAUUGUGGCUCAUA